AUGGAUCGAAAUCGUGUGUUGCAAGUUGUUUGGCAGAUCCUGGUCCAAAUUGCUGAGCGAGUUUGGAUCCGCAGAGAGCGACUGGUAGUGCUGCCGCAAGCGGUCUCCAGCAGCAAUCUCUCUGAAUUUCUUCAGAUCAACAACGUACAAUGCACUGAUAUGGUAUUUCAGCGUGUCGCCGAGCAAUGUUUGCCAGUAACCCUGUUUCCAGAACCUGAAACCUUCCAUUUCCUUACGAGAGUCGCACAUAGGUGUGAAACCGUAGACCGACCCUUGCAAAUCUAUAUCCACAAGCUCCUUCAUGUCGGUUCUGACGAUCUGGUCGGAAUCGACAAAAAUUACCUUGUCAAGAGUUUGUGGGAACAACACGUCCAGGAACAGGAUCUUGUUGCAGAGUCCAAAUUCCCGGAUUGGCCUUCAGCUGGAAGUAUCCCAAAUUGGCCAUCACAUUGGUGUCCGUUCUGGUCUUCCCGUUCUGAUCAACAAGUUCCAAAGCUAAACCAACAGGAGGAAUGGACUGGGUGUCCAAUCUGGCAUGGCCUUGCACCAAAAUAG